GUCUAGAAUUCCCAUGCUGUGAAAGACGUCUGAUGUAGCUAAUAUCAUCGCUGCUUGGUGAGCUUCAGUUGUGAUUGAGAAUACGUAACAGCAGAAUACUUCACGGUCGGUCGCUCUUUCUGUCAAUCAACUGCGAGAAUCCCUUCAAAUUGGCGAGAAGGACAAAAUCGCCUCGACAGCACGCGUCGUUUCAGGCGAAAUCGUUGGAACUGCACGCUCCACGCCUUUGGAACUGCAGAAAAGAUUGCGAGGAGCGCCUUUGGGUUGAAUCAAUCGAAUACGUGGGAGGAGCAAGGGUUCAAGUAGGGAGGAGCAAGGGCCGGCCGGAGAAGGCGGACCAGCCCGCGAGCAAUCACCAUGUUGCCAGGCGGACCAGGGUGGGUUUCAGCGCCCAGGAGUUCAUCCUCGUUUCACGCCUCCCCGUUUCGCGGAUACUCGCCGUCAUCAGGGUUGGCAUCGCAAUCCAUGAGGGUAGUCAACUGCUAUGGCCCGCUUCCCACGGUCCUGUUACUGCAGCACCGCGCGCUGGUCAAUCAGCGAGCAGCGUCCCAGCGAAGCACAGUUCGUGUCCACAGGAGGGCGAAUGGAAAGUCGAGAAUCUCUGUUGAAUGUCAGGGAGGAGAAGUGGAGGGGGGCUCUGGCUUUGGAGGAGAAAUCAUGGAAGGUUGCGGGAGUAACGGCAGCAGCAGCAGCAGCAGCACGAAACCUGGUGCUACCGAUCCUGUCAACAGAGGUACCACAAGCGGUUGUGGUUCCAGCAGCUCACAAUCGGCUGUUCUCCCUUCAGCCGGUUCCUCUCCCUCCUCCCCUCACCCGCUAUCACAAUCACUAUCCGCCUCUCUCACUCUUCUCCUUCGCUCAAUUCCCUUCGCCCUCCCUCACAUCCUAUCCACAACCCUGCCUGGCCUACAAUCCUCUCUCCACUUACUACCUCCCUUCCCACCGUCCUCACCUCACAACUCUAAAUCCCCUUUUACCACCAACGCUUUCCGUGGGGGAUCCUACGGCGGUGGUAACAGCAGCUCCCCAAGUAACCUUUUCGGUCCCCCUUCCAGUGGGCCCAUCUGGCCUUGGUCUCCUGGUGGUUCUCGGGCGCAUCGCAAGCUGACUGAUUUUCUCCUAGCCCUCAACGCUGCCGCUUUUCUCCUCCAAGUCCUCUCCAGCAAUCGCCUUCUUUUGCUUGGGGCUAAAGUCAACUCUUAUGUUCGCCAGGGCCAGUAUUACCGACUUUUGUCAUCUGCGUUUCUCCAUGCUGAUCUUCAGCAUCUCAUAGUGAACUCACUUUCGCUAAAUACCAUCGGCCCUGAUGCUGAGUCGCUGCUCGGAGACCGGCGUAUGGCUGGCAUUUAUGUGGCAUCAGCACUGGCCAGCUCAGCUCUCAGCCUUGUUCUCAACCCUUCGCCAUCUGUAGGUGCAUCUGGAGCAAUUUUUGGGCUGGUGGGGGCGUUGGGGGUGUUCUUUUUAAGGCACAAGAAGCAGCUGAGCUUGAGGGGGUCGGCGUAUUUGCGUGGCUUAGGCAGUACAGUCAUGUUCAACCUGGUUCUGGGAGCUUUGUGGAGGAACAUUGAUAACUCGGGACACCUUGGAGGCCUGCUCGGGGGUGCAGCAGUGGCUUGGUUGGUUGGGCCAAGGCUCAUUUCAGCUGGGUUCCCUCCCAAGUUGUAUGAUUACCCUCCAAUUGCAGAGGUGCUGCAACUCCCCGCCAGGCCCGUAGGAUGAUUUUGACAGGGUGUCGCCCAAGCCUGAAAUCGGAAUGAUGAAGAAGUGAAAAUUGAAGUACUGUUUGUCACAUUCAUCUAAGCGUUUGUAUCCUAGUUUCUGGACGGAAGCCCAGCCUCAGCUGCAUAAAGCAAUAUCAGUACU